GAGUUUCCCCGACAGCUGGAGGCUGCGUGGGAUCCGGCGGCGGCUCCAGAGCGCGGCGGUGCGGCCUUCCCCGCCCCCUCCCUCCCUCCUCCCCCGCCCGCUUCCGCCCGGCUUAUUAUCCUCCUUAUUGACAAACAGCGGCCGCGGCUGCGACUCUUGGCGUGCGUUGAUAGCCAAGCCAUGGGAGACAAGAAGAGCCCCACCAGGCCGAAGCGGCAGCCGAAGCCGUCCUCGGAUGAGGGUUACUGGGACUGUAGCGUCUGCACCUUCCGGAACAGCGCGGAGGCCUUCAAGUGCAUGAUGUGCGAUGUGCGGAAGGGCACCUCCACUCGGAAACCUCGACCUGUCUCCCAGUUGGUUGCACAGCAGGUUACACAGCAGUUUGUGCCUCCUACACAGUCAAAGAAAGAGAAAAAAGAUAAAGUAGAAAAAGAAAAAAGUGAAAAGGAAACAACUAGCAAAAAGAAUAGCCAUAAGAAAACCAGGCCAAGAUUGAAAAAUGUGGAUCGGAGUAGUGCUCAGCAUUUGGAAGUGACCGUUGGAGAUCUGACAGUCAUUAUUACAGACUUUAAGGAGAAAACAAAGUCACCGCCUGCAUCUAGUGCUGCUUCUGCAGAUCAACACAGUCAGAGCGGCUCUAGUUCUGAUAACACAGAGAGGGGAAUGUCCAGGUCAUCUUCACCUAGAGGAGAAGCCUCAUCAUUGAAUGGAGAAUCUCAUUAAAGUUUAUUUUCUCCAAUUUCUUAGUUACUUCUGUCCUACCGUGCAAAUACAGAUUAUGCCAAGAGGUACCACAUUUUCAUGACAAACACGUUCAUGAACAAUCCAUAAUUUGAGUUUUACAUAAAAUAAAAAUUUGUUAAAAUUUGUAGAUUUUAUUGCAACUAUGCCUACCCAAACAUUUCCAGACUUAAUAUUUUGUUAUCUGCAAUUAAGUGCCAUGAAAAUGUGGUUGAAUUAUUCAUUUUGCAGUGUUAUUGGUAAGUGUAUUUUCACUUUUAGUUUAGUGAAUUCUAACACAUAAUUCUUGAAUUCUCUACUAUUGGCAUGUAAUGAAUUUAAAUUUUUUAUAACAUAGUGCAAGCUGCCUAAAUAUGUAUUAUUUGAGAAUUGUGAAACAGAUAGUUAUAUGUAUACAAGUCAAAGAUCAACUUAAUCAACUAUUGCUGCAACAGGUUUUUCUUAAUGGUUAGCCUCUUAAAUACACCUGCUGGUACUUGGUGUGGUUAAAUAGGAAAAUUGUUAUGAAAUAAAGAAUUUGUAUGAACCUUUGCCAAUCUUUUUGACACGUUUUACUAAUUACUGUUCCUGAAUUAUGUUUCUGGUUUUAUCAAUUUUUUGAGUUUUUUUUUUGUUUCCUUAUUUUUCAAAACAUUCAUUUAUUGUAAUGUUUACUAGCAGACUAGUAAACAGUAAAAUAUUGAUUAUUUAGCUUUAUAAUUCAGGUUUAGUGCUAUUGUCAUUGAACACUGGUAUUUUUUUAUAGCAUAUAAAACAUUAAAAUUCAAAUAAUUAUAAGCACUUGGCAAAAACAAGAGAAAAGAAACUUGCCAUAUUUUACAAGCUGUAAUUUUAGAAAAGCUUUAACUUAAUGAUAGUUUUAUCACUGUUUCCUUGUCCCAAACUUAUCCAGGGCUAUAGAAGUAUGAAUCUAAUUAAUACGGGAAUUGUUGCACAGAAAUGGGAAAUAACUAAUUUUAAAUCAGUUAAAUUGGCCUCUUAUUAAAUAUAACAAUUCUUACAUAAAUCGUAGUACCCUAUUUUCAGACUCAACUGCCAGUUUACACACUUACUCAGUGUCCAGAAAGGAAAAAAGUACAGCCUCACUUAUACUAUGUAAAAUUACCAAUAAAAUAUUUUUAUGACACAGAUUUUGCAUUUUUGUUUACAACUAUUAAAGUGUUUUAUGUUGUAUUUAAAAUUUCAGCCUAGAAACCACACAGUACUUCUUAAAAUUCUCCUGGGGUCUCCUGCUUCCUCUUAACCAUUUGCUUAAUAUAUAUCCACCUAUAGGAGAUGUCUGAAUUGUAAAUGAACUUAAAGAUAGAAUGUGGAUACACAAUAUCACAUAAGACAUCAUGGUAACAUUUGAAAAAAAAAAAUAAAACUGUAGACCCUAACAGUUGUGAUAUUUGGUGGUUUUGUGUGGUAAUGUAAUUUCCUGUUUAAUUACAGUAUUUUUUACAGGCAUAGUGGUACUGUCUUUUUUGUAAGAUGCUAGUUGUGAAAUACAGUUAAUUGCAUACAGUAAAAGUCUGUGAUUAAAACAUUUAUAUACCUCAUUCUUUAGUGUUGUUAAAUGAAAAAUUAAAAUUUGUGUUUAUUAUAAGAUACUUUCAAUGGAAUACCAACUAACCAGUUAUGUUCCUUUAAAACAUGAAUUUUUUUGUCUUACUCUGUUUUUAACAUGUUUCAAAUGUUUUAUAUAUUCAUUUUGAGAGAUAGUAAAAAUUUAAAAAUGUAAUAGGGAAAAUAUUUAAGUCAAAACUAUGCUUUAAAGGCAUUACAUCUUAUGAUCCAAUACUUUCUGGAUGUAUUUUAAAUGCGCUGCAAGAGAGAAAAAUCUGACAGGAGAUGGGAUUUUACCUAAAUGGAGUCUACUCAUCUUUUUACAUAGGUGGGAAGAUAGUAUAGCAUGGGGAUUAAGCAUGCUAACUGACGCCUGGUGUUUCAAUCCCUGUUGUAGAAUGGAAGUGAGCUUAAAUUACCCAAGCUUACUUUCCAUCUAUAAAACAAGGCUAAUGGUAAUCAUAUCUACUUUAUAGGGUUAUUGGAGGAUUAAGUCAAUCCAUGUAAAAUUCUUAACAAUUAGCUGACACAUAUUGGCCACUCAGUAAAUGUGAGCUUUUCUUACUGUUAUAGGUAAAAUCCCAUCACAAAAAUACAAAAAUAUUUUUUGUAACAAAAAUUAUUUUCAUGCCCUCUUGGAUGACCUAAAGUAAAAGUGUUCUAUAGAUUUCACUAAAUUUUCAGUGUAAUAUCAGAUGUUUUCUCUGGACCCAGAACGACCAUCUUUUCCUAAUUAAAGAAACUGAUGGGUGUGCA